GUGUGUGUGUGUGUGUGUGUGCUGCUGAAGCCCAGGCUGCGCGGAGCUCCCUGCGGGAUCGGAGCGCACCCCCGCCGGGACCCUACUCUCACAUCCUCCCUGCUGGGACACGGGGCUACAUUUCCAGCCAAGCCUGCGCUUUAUUAUGUGUGUCUGCGCCGCAGCCCCGCCAGCAUUCGGAUCGGGAGGCGGAGGGAAGACCAGAGUCAGGACAAAGAAGAAAAGGGAGAGAGCAAGGAGGCUAUAGCGCUUAACGUUUACACCUCGCUCUUUUUUAGGAGGGCAUUAAUAUAAAUAUAUAUAUAUUAUUUUUUUGAACAAAUCCCCUAGAGGUCAGAGGUAUUAAAAAAAGACAGAGAAAGAGAAAGAAAGACAGAGAGAGAGAUGCCUAAAACGGCGCCCUAAAAAAAAAAAAUACUACUAAUAAUAAUACUAAUACUAAUAAUAAUAAUAAUAAUAAUAAAGAAGGCGGUUGAGUUGAGUUCUGCAGGAUCCAAGGAGGACAAGAAAGACGGAGAAAACUGGAGAAAACGGGAGCGCGCGCGCGCGAUAACAAGCCGCACUGUUCAUUUAAGCGUUCAUGUUAACGCAUUAACAGCAGGACGCACCGACAUCUGAUUUGAUUAUUACUAUUUUCGACUCUUCUUCUUCUUGAAAACUCCUCUGACUUGCCGGCGCGCGCGGAUCCACGCGUGAGAUCUACAGGUUGAAACCGAGCGCGCGUGAAGUUACCAAAGCGCCGGAAUAUCCGCCGCUCGCCAUUACUCACUCUCGCCUCUUUCCGUCGGAGUGCUGCUGCUGCUGCUGCUGCUGGUCUGGCGCGACGCACACACGCACGCACGCACACGCACAUACACACGCACAUACACACGCACACGCGCGCACAGAGCGAAGUAGCCGCAUUGCAACAGGCAACACGGACACACACACACAAAAAAAAGGGGGAAAAAGUAGCAGCUUGUAGCCUAUGACUGUUUGCAAGAAAGGACAAGAGGUCGAUAGAAGCAGAAGCACAGCGACCCAGAGAUGUCCAGGCGCAAGCAGGCCAAACCGCGCUCCGUUAAAGCAGUGGAGGAGGCAGACUCGGCUGAAUGUGCAGGAAAUUGGGACUCCUCAGCUCCAGCAGGUGCAGAUGCAGCCGCGCCUGAACGAGACUCUGACGGGAAAGAGCGGGCCGGUGGUGAAGACGGUGAGCACAGCGUGACUAGCCACGACGAGCGAGCAGGAGAGGAGGAUCUGGAUGACGAGUCCAUCUUCACCUGUGAUAACUGCCAACAGGACUUCGAGUGCCUGGCUGACCUGACAGAGCACCGCACUAACCACUGUCCUGCAGAUGGUGACGAUGACCCAGGGCUCUCCUGGGUGGCGUCCUCUCCCUCCAGCAAAGACGUGGCAUCACCAUCACAGAUGCUAGGGGAUGGCUGCUGCGAUCUGGGCAUGGGGGAGGAGGAAGGAGGCUCUGGCCUUCCUUAUCCCUGCCAGUUCUGCGAUAAGUCCUUCAGCCGUCUCAGCUACCUGAAGCGCCACGAACAGAUUCACAGCGACAAGCUGCCCUUUAAGUGCACCUUCUGCAGUCGGCUGUUCAAACACAAGCGCAGCCGUGACCGUCAUGUCAAGCUGCACACCGGUGACAAGAAGUACAGCUGCCAGGAGUGUGAGGCUGCCUUCUCACGUAGUGAUCACCUUAAGAUCCACCUGAAGACACAUAGUUCCAGCAAGCCCUUUAAGUGCAGCAUUUGCAAACGUGGCUUCUCCUCCACAUCUUCACUACAGAGCCACAUGCAGGCUCACAGGAAAAACAAAGAACACAUGGCAAAAAAAGACCAGGUCAAGCGUGAUGGAUCCACAGGUGAUGCAGGUGACCAAGACCAGGACCUAUACAUGUGUGAUUACUGUGAGGAGACUUUCAACCAAACAGAUGAGUUAGAGAAGCAUGUACUAACACGCCACCCUCAGCUUUCAGACCGUGCUGAACUACAGUGCAUCCACUGUCCAGAGAUAUUUAGUGAUGAAGGAACCUUGCUCACCCACAUCGACCGAACACAUGCCAACAAGAAACAUAAGUGCCCCAUGUGUGCAGAACAGUUUACAUCUGUAGAAGAGGUCUACUGCCACCUGGACAGCCACCGGCAGCCUGACUCCAGCAACCACAGUGCCAGUCCUGAUCCGGUGCUGGGCAGUGUAGCGUCCAUGAGCAGUGCGACUCCUGAUUCCAGUGCCUCACUUGAAAGAGGAUCCACUCCAGAUUCAACCCUCAAGCCUGCACAGGGCAGACGCAAAUUAGUCCCGUCCUCUGACCAUGAUGAGGGAGGCUGGUCAGGAAAGGUGACAUAUAGUUGCCCUUAUUGCUCCAAGAGAGAUUUCAACAGCCUGGCUGUUCUGGAGAUCCACCUGAAGACUAUCCAUGCAGACAAACCUCAGCAAAGCCACACAUGUCAACUGUGUCUGGACACCCUGCCAACUCUGUACAAUCUGAACGAGCAUGUACGGAAAGCACAUCGAUCCAGUGGGGGCUCUGCAUCAAACUUUCCCCUUCUGCAAUUCAGUAAUGUUUCUGCCUUUCAUUGCAACUACUGCCCAGACAUGUUUGCUGAUAUCAAUAGCCUGCAAGAGCACAUCCGUGUUUCUCACUGCUUGCCUAGUGGUGUGGUUGCUGGCUCUACUACUCUAGAGGGCAAUCAUGCCUUCUUUUGUAAUCAGUGCUCCAUGGGGUUCCUUACAGAAUCAUCUCUCACUGAACACAUCCAGCAGACCCACUGCAACAAUGCAGGUGGUGUGACCAAGAUGGAGUCUCCUGUACUGCAGCCUUCACAGUCCUUCAUGGAAGUGUAUUCUUGCCCCUAUUGUACCAAUUCUCCCAUCUUUGGUUCCCUACUCAAGCUCACUAAACACAUUAAAGAGAACCACAAGAAUAUCCCCUUGGCCAACAACAAGCGCAAAGUCAAAGUGGCCGACCUGAGUCCUGCUUCUUCUGAUGUGGAAAUCUCCUCCCCAAAACGCCACAGAGUGGCUGGUGAUUCUGCUUCUGCGGGUGCUAAUGGGGACUAUCCCUGCAACCAGUGUGACCUUCGCUUUACUAGCUUUGAAGGCUUCCAGGCCCACCUUAAGUCCCACCUGGAACUACUGCUGAGGAGACAGUCCUGUCCUCAGUGCAACAAAGAGGACUUUGACUCUCAAGAGUCCCUGCUGCAGCACUUGACCAUACACUACACCACCACCUCCACACAGUAUGUCUGUGAGAGCUGUGAUAAACAGUUCUCUUCUGUUGAUGAUUUGCAAAAGCACUUGCUGGAUAUGCAUACUUUUGUGCUGUACCACUGCACAUUGUGUCAGGAGGUAUUUGACUCCAAGGUCUCCAUCCAAGUCCACCUGGCUGUCAAACACAGCAAUGAGAAGAAAAUGUACCGCUGCACAGCAUGUGCAUGGGACUUCCGCAAGGAGAGCGAUCUGCAGAUGCACGUGAAGCACAGUCACCUAAGUCAACCCACUGGGCCAGGUGUUGCCAGCAAAGCUCGCAAGUGUAUAUUCUGUGGGGAGAGUUUUGGUACAGAGGUGGAGCUCCAGUGCCAUAUCACCACCCACAGUAAAAAAUUUAACUGCCGCAUCUGUGGGAAGGCCUUCCAUGCUAUUGUCCUGCUGGAGAGACAUCUCAGAGAGAAGCAUUGCAUGUUUGAUGGAGGAAAUGGCAAUGGAAAUGGAGGAAGUCAAAAUGGAACUCCGAAUGGGGUGAGUCAAAGCUCUAAACGUGGAGGGGGAGGUUCAACUGCAGCAGCAGAACAGACGGACUUGCAAAAUAUGCUGCUAAAGGGAGGGGCUCAGGAAACUGCAAACAGCCAUGAAGCCAGUGGAGGAGAGGAAGAACUAGAUGCCUCAGAGCCAAUGUAUGCUUGUGACAUCUGUGGUGCAGCAUACACUAUGGAGUCCCUACUGCAAAACCAUCGACUGCGUGAUCACAAUAUAAGGCCUGGUGAGGAUGACGCAGGGUCCCGCAAAAAGAAGGCUGACUUCAUCAAGGGUAAUCACAAGUGUAACGUCUGCUCAAGAACCUUCUUUUCUGAGAAUGGCUUGAGAGAGCAUGCCCAAACUCACCGUGGGCCAGCAAAGCACUACAUGUGCCCCAUUUGUGGAGAACGCUUCCCCUCUCUACUCACACUCACAGAGCACAAAGUCACCCAUAGCAAGAGCCUGGACACAGGCACCUGUCGCAUCUGCAAGAUGCCACUCCAAAGUGAAGAGGAGUUUAUUGAACACUGCCAGAUGCAUCCUGACCUGAGGAACUCCCUGACAGGUUUCCGCUGUGUGGUCUGCAUGCAGACUGUCACUUCCACUUUGGAGCUGAAGAUUCAUGGCACAUUCCACAUGCAGAAGCUCUCCUCAUCAGGUGGCAGUGGUGGGGGAGGAGGUUCAGCUUCAUCGUCACCCAACGGCCAGCUGCAGGCCCACAAGUUAUAUAAGUGUGCCCUGUGUCUGAAAGAAUUCAAGAACAAGCAGGAGCUGGUCAAGCUGGAUGUCAAUGGCCUGCCUUUUGGGCUGUGUGCUGGCUGCAUGAACCGAGGCACCAAUGGUCAGUCACCCAGUGGCGUUGUAACCCCUCAAGAGCCAGGGGAGAAAGGUGCUUCUGGACUACGCUGUCCUGAGUGUGCUGUGAAGUUUGAGACCUUGGAGGAUCUGGAAAGCCAUGUUCAGGUAGACCAUCCUGAGAUGAGCCCAGAAACCAGUGCAGCUAAAAAAGCAACAGAGGCCUCACCUGUUCCUAAAAAGAAAACAUAUCAAUGCAUCAAAUGCCAAAUGACCUUUGAAACAGAACGUGAGAUCCAGAUCCAUGUGGCCAAUCAUAUGAUUGAGGAAGGCAUCAAUCACGAGUGCAAGCUGUGUAACCAGAUGUUUGACUCUCCAGCCAAGCUCUUAUGCCACCUGAUCGAGCACAGCUUCGAGGGCAUGGGCGGCACCUUCAAGUGCCCCGUCUGCUUCACAGUGUUCGUCCAGGCCAAUAAGCUGCAGCAGCACAUCUUCGCCGUGCACGGGCAGGAAGACAAGAUCUACGAUUGCUCACAGUGUCCGCAGAAGUUCUUCUUCCAGACCGAGCUGCAGAACCACACACUGAGCCAGCACGCGCAGUGAGCCCGAGCCCCGCAGGACUCCCGGUUCAGCCCGGAACCCCAACCCAGGCCCGGUGGGGGACGCCCAUUUCAACAUCACAGCCAAUCAAAGUGUCAUUUGCUACUCACAUGUAAAACUCUAACGAUUCCGCCACCAGGCGCAGCUAUUACGAACGGUGGGGAACGAAUAUUAAUGGGAUAUGCUAUUAAAAAAAGAAAAGGAGAAGGGGGAGGAGAUGAAGAAGAAGAAGAGAAAAAGGUAUUCUACGUGCAGUAUUUUUUAUCGUCCCUGCUUCCCAUUUGUGCAUUUUAAUUUUUUUUAUGAUUUUUUUUUGGUUUUGUUUUUGAACAAAAGAGAAAAUGGAAAAAAGAAAUUCCAUCUGUCUAUGAUUUUAGUCUCUAGAAAUGCUUCACUUCACUUACCAUGUCCUCUGUUGCUUAUUGUAGACUUCAUUGGUGCCAUUUUUUUUUCCUUUAAUGCAUUUUUUCCCCCCUCUUUGUUUUCGUACCUUUUAUUUCUUGCAGUAAAUAGGUACUUGUGCUGUGUUGUGAAUGCUUGCCAGUCGUAAUAUCUUUUUUUUCUCCUUUCUAUUAUUAUUAUUAUUAUUGUUAUAUAUAUUUUCCUUUUUUUCUAAUUACAGUAAAAAAAGACAAAAAACAUAAAUUGACAAAAACAUAAUGGUUUUGAUGGAAUUUUGCAGUUCAUGGGCCUUAUGGUUGUUGUAAAAAUGAAUAUCAUUGAUUUUCAGUUCAACUGGAUGAUGUCUGCUUUUUAAAUGUGAAUUAACCAGAUUGCAAUAAAACUAGUACAGUUGAAAAUAAACAAAUAAAUGAAUCAUGAA